UUAUUUCGAACGUGUUGCUAGAAUUCGGGCGUAAUAUUAUCUGCUCUGUAGCCUGUAGCUGUGUGGUUGUGGUAUUUUUUACAACGUACGUUGUACUCACGAGUAUACGCAGUUUUCAAUGAAUUUACAUGUGUGUUGGUUUGAGAUGCUCUACAGAUUUAUGCGUUAAUUUGGAAAAAAAUUAUUAAAAAUGCCUCCGAAACAAAGACAAAUCGCCAUUAUGGGGUACCGAUCUGUAGGAAAAUCGUCGCUUAGCAUACAAUUCGUCGAUGGACAAUUUGUUGAUUCUUAUGACCCAACGAUAGAGAACACAUUUAGAAAAACAACACGUGUAAAUGGUCAGGAUUACGACUUGAAACUGGUGGACACGGCGGGACAGGAUGAAUAUUCGAUAUUUCCUACCCAAUACACUAUGGAUAUUCACGGAUACGUCCUGGUCUAUUCGAUAACAUCGUUGAAAUCUUUCGAAGUUGUACAAAUAAUCUAUGAAAAGUUGUUAGAUAUCACGGGAAAAAUUCAUGUGCCAAUUGUCCUUGUUGGUAAUAAAAAAGACUUACAUAUGGAGAGAACUAUUAGCACUGAAGAGGGUAAACAGUUAGCAGAAUCGUGGAAAUGCACAUUCAUGGAAGCGUCUGCCAAGCAGAAUGAAGCUGUCUCGGAGAUAUUCCAAACCGUAUUGUUGGAGAUUGAAAAAGCUAACGGAAAUAUUCCAGAAAAACCCAGUUGCGCCCUGUCGUAAGUUACGAGUAAUGCCUAUGUUUAAUAUUAUUAACAGUACGUUAGGAUUGAGAAUUGUAAAACAGCAGAAUUUCUUAGUUAAAUUGGAUGGAUGUUUUGAUUCAUUAUGAUAAACGAAAGCUACGUAUUGCUCUGUUAUUUGAAGGGAAUGCCAUGUUACCAGUCUGAAUUAGAAAAUAAUUUUUGUUUGUACAUAUUUAUAAUGAAAGAAAAUGAAAGUUGAUACAAUUAAAUAAAGUUGAACGUUCUCAUUUUUCUGAAACGUACCACAUACAUAUUUACGUUAUUUUCGACGAAUUGUAGGGUAGAUGUAUGUUUGUUAGAUUUAAGUGUUUCGUUUUAGUAGCAAAUUUACGAUUAUUAAUUAUUUGUUUUUCUUGUUUCGGAAUGUGUGAGGAAAAUCGUUUUUUGGAAUAUUUUUUUCGUCAAGUUUCCUAUAUAAUCAGCUAAUUUUGCCUACACGAGGAAGUAUCAAGUAUUAUAGUGUUUGUUUCGUGUACAAAUUUCUUCUGUUUUUUUUUGUGUUUUUUUUUCAUCUUUCUAAACAUUUUGUACGAUUCUUGUUCAUUUCCAAUUCAUGUGCAGAUUUUUGUGUUGAGCUCAGCCGAUUUUCAGUUGUGUUAUAGUUGAACUGCGUUGAAUUUUUCAUUGGUUUAAUUCGCAUUUAUUAGACUGGACGAUGUUUGAGGAAAAUUUAUUGUUCUUUAAAAUUACUAUCGCGGUGUGAAAAAUGUACAGUAUGUUUUGAUACUCAAAUCGACGUUAAUUCGAACCGUUCCGCUCUCUAAAACAUAAUUGUGUUAAGAAAUGUAAUAAUAUGACAUCUUGUCAAUCUAUCUUUACGAUUAAUAAUUGCCUAAAAAUGCUGUUUUGCUGAUCAGUUCUUCUUUUACAAUGAUCAUUUUUGAUUUAAUGAAUUAGUACGUAAUGAUUUGAUUAAAACGAUCGAGCUUUUAUUUUAUAUUAUGUCAUAUGAAUCAACUUCCUUGGAAAACCAUUCUAGAAUAUUAUAUUUUGAAUAAUUUUGCGGAAUUCGCUUGCGUUAUUUUGUCGAAAUUCGUACUUUUUACGAAUAUAUCUGCGUAUAUUUUGUUUGAUCUCGUUAUGUUCCUACAUAAUGUGCUUAUUUAAUUUAAUUACGAACGAUUAUAUGAUUAUUUAUGAAUUCGCGACUCGAAGCGAAUUGUUUUUAAUAUUGUAACGCGUCUGUUCAAGUCGUUCAAAUGCGUUUUUUUGUUGUUUUUUUUUUUUUUUCGUUUUCGAAUAAUUUAUGAAAUAUCUGCACAUAUCAUGUUAAAUUUCAUGAAUUUAGUGAGUACUCGUACGAAUUACAAAAAAAUAAGUGUCUUCUAUUAGUUAAUUUACUCGCAUUGUCCAUUUUCAGUGAUGUAUUUUUUCCCCUCAAAUCAUCGUAAAAUUUCCUUAGUGCGUUGCGAAUGUACUCGAAUCGUUGUUCGAAAUCAAAAACUAUUCGAAUACCUACUUUAGAAUGCAUAAAAUCAAUUGUUGUAGAUGUAAUAAUGGAUGCAAACUUGUAAAUUGUGGAAAAUACUACCAUUUCUAACAAAUAACGAAUCAAAUGAAAAAUUGGAAUGUUUGGUGUUUACAUUCAUCUUACGAGAGUCUAAGAGCCGUAGUUCUUUUCUAGACUAUAAAAAAAUCAAUUUCAACGGCGUUUUAAUUUAAUUUCUGUAAUUGAAUUUUUUAUUCGAUAUUCGAAUACUAUUCGAGUAUCGAAUAUUGCUAUUCGAGUAUCGAAUAUUGCUAUUCGAGUAAUAAAGUAUUCGAAUAUUCGCAACUCACUUAAUUUCCCCAGUAAUUUCCUUCUCGCGUUCAAGAAUUCUUGCAUAAUUGCGUUUAUCCUUUAAAAUAAUGUAUUUUUAUCACGUGUUUGUUUUAUCUUGGUAUGUGUAUUUCAUGUAUACUUACUUAUUAAUUUAUUCUACUUCAGAAAUAUGUAAUUUAUGUAACGAUUAAUGUAAAUAUAUAAUUUGAUUCGGGUA